AAAAUGCGAGAGUAUUCAUUAUUCUUGUUCAUCUUUGUAAACCCUUUCUGGUAGCAGCAGAGAGAAAGGAAUGGGUACUCGAGAGGUCUACGAAGAGAAACUAAGGAGGGGAAAUCUCGAUCGCGAUCCAACCCUCAACCCUGGCCUUGGUUCCCCACGAUGCCCUCGUUGUCUCUCGCUUCUCAACCCUAAUCCCGAAAGAGGCGAGUGGACCAUCACUCCUGUCUUGCACGACGCCACUGCUGUCGCUGGCUUGGGGAUUGGUGCUAUGCUUAGUGUAGUUCAUGGUUUCAAUACAGGUUUGCCAUAUCUUCUAAAUGCUGUGAAGGGACCGAAGUGGCUUCCUCUCGUCGUAGGGAUUCCUCCAUUGUUGAUAUUCUCAGGCAUAAGUUCUGCUUUUGGAGGAUAUGUGCUUCCAAAGUUCACUCAACUCACUGUAACAUCCUAUUAUGCUGCAUCGAGUGCCUCACAUUAUGGAAUCUCUCUUGUUACCCGACAUAUUGAAGAGAACUACAGCUCCAAAACUCAGCAUCUCAAGAGGCUCUGAUGAUAUUCCUUUCGGGUGUACUUACAAGGAAAAUAUAUUACCUGGCAAUUUUGUCAUAAAAGUCCUGUGGAUGGUUAGGAUUGUUAAACCCUAGUAACAUUUUUGUUUCUCCUUACGGAAAUGCUUAUAUGUGAAUAAUCCUUGUUUAUAUUUUACUAUUAAGCUUUGAUAAUAAGAAGUCCAUUUAUUUAA